AUGGCUCUGAUGGACUCACUUCCUGGAGGGAAUCAGGCUGUUACUUGGAUCCUGCUUCUGCUGCUGUCAGCUGCAUGUCUGCAAGCUGGUGAAUCUGCAGGAUCCAACAGAGUAAAUGGCUUUGGGUUCAACCAACCAGCACUCCUCUCUGGUGUCCAGGGCAGCUCCAUCGAGAUUCCCUUCUCCUUCUACUUCCCCUGGGAGUUGGCAAAGGAUCCACAGAUGAGGAUUCUCUGGAGAUGGAAGAACUUCCAUGGUGAAUAUAUCUACAACUCAACCCCAUGUUUCAUACAUGAACAUUUCAAGAACCGGCUCAUCUUGAACUGGACACAGCCUCAGACAUCUGGAGUCCUCAGUAUCCUCAACUUGACAGAGAAGGACCAGAGCAAAUACUUCUGCCGAGUUCAUAUGAACACAAAAAUAGGCAUGAAGAAGUUUCAGUCGAUUGAUGGAACCCAACUCACCAUCACUCCUGCCCCCAGGACCACCUCUCCAAGCCCCACCACUGCAACUUCUGCACUCACCAGAACUGCUCUCACAGCCACAGAAGGGAAGAACAGCGGGAAGAAUCAGCCCCUGGGUCUGGGAACCACAGCUGGGUUGGCAGUGGCUGCUGCUGUACUCCUGGCUGGGGUUUUGGGGUUGAUAGUGUUCCUCGGGUGGAGGAGAAGGAAAGGACAGAGGACUAAAGCUGAAACCCCAGCCAGGGACCUCAUUGAAAACACUGAGAAUGUUGAACCUGAAGGGCAAUAUAUGGAUCCCAAAGAGAACCCCAAGGAUAACAACAUUGUGUAUGCAUCCAUUGCCCUCUCAAGACCAGCCUCUCCAGGAACACCACCCUGCCAGCCCGUCCAUGGGAACCCCCAGGAAGAGACUGUGUACUCCAUCGUAAAGGCCAAAUGAGUGGGUCUGGGUGACCAUCUCAGAGUCACCUGUGCUUCUAGUAGGAAGACUCCCAGCUUCCACUGAUACCCACAGCCAGAGACAACAACUCAUGGGUCACUGAUACCCAUGGCCAGAAACAGAAAUCCACACGUCAGGACAUUUGAGCUCAGAGAAAAUGAGAAAUUCCCAGUUCCCUUUUCUAACUUCCUAGAUCUUCCUCACAAAAAUAAAACAAUCCACAGAAUUUGCCUAAAUGAAUCUAAUUAAGAGUCACUCAUGUGACCCUUAACUUCUGGCCCUCUAAG